AAACGCGGACGCGUAUAAAACCUCCCUCCCUCACUCCGCAUAGGCCUCCACGCCCACGACCGUCUCCUCAUCCGUUUCCCUCUCCUCUCUCUUCCUUCGCCAAACCCGAAAGCUAGCACGCCGUAGUACUUGGCCAUGGCCGUGCAGGCGCAACACCUCUCCCACGCCUUCCCCCACGACCUCCACGCCUACAACAGCGUCGGUGCUCUGGAGGACGAGAUGACGGGCGGCUCCCUCUUCUUUCCCGAGAACCUCAAGCGCGGGCCGGAACUGGAGGGUGCUGGGAACACGGUGUUCGGCGACAUUCCGCGCGUCGAUCCCACUUGGCACGACAACACCACCCGCAGCCACGGUUUUGCGCAGAGGAAGCGGGCGCGCGUCGUCCCGGAGGCGCCUUCGUACUUGGAGAAUCAGCGCGGGCAGGGGCUUGUGCCCGUCGGUGAUGUGCUGACCAGGGCGGUGGGCUCCGGCACGGCGUCCACCAGUGGGAGAAUGAUCAAUGCCGCCGGCCCGCCGCAGGACCUGCUCUCGCAGCUGUACCGUCAGGGCAUGGAGAUCGAUGCAGUCCUACGACUCGAGACCGACCGCAUGCGCGCCGGGCUGGAGGAGGCGCGGCAGCAGCACGUCAGGGCGCUGGUAUCGGCGGCGGAGCGUGCUGCGGCGAGGCGGCUGCGUGCCGCGGAGGCCGCGCUGGAGCUGGCGCGCUGCCGCAACGCCAAGCUGUCAGAGAGGCUCACCCAGAUUUGCGCCGAGGGCCAGGCGUGGAUACGCGUCGCCAAGAGCCACGAGGCAGUCGCUGCGGGCCUCCAAGCUACACUCGACCAGCUCCUGCAGUCCCCUUGCGCUGCCGUCGCCGCCACCGGAGCGGAUGGAGACGGCGACGCCGAGGACGCGCGGUCCUGCUGUUUCGAGACCCCCGCCGGCGACGACGCUGCGGCAUCCAAGGCGUCGGCGGCGGCGUGCAGGGCUUGCGGCGAGGGCGAGUCGUGCGUGUUGCUGCUGCCGUGCAGGCACCUGUGCCUCUGCAGCGCGUGCGACGCCGCCGUGGACACCUGCCCGCUGUGCGCGACCACCAAGAACGCGUCGCUCCAUGUCCUGCUCUCGUGAUUCAAGGAACCAGUGGCCUCCUCCGAAACGGUUUGCGAUAGGAAACUCAGCAGGCUUGAUCAACUUGCACAUGUUAUCAAGCUACAGUGGGUUCAGUUUGCCGAAGAAGUCGCGGUGCUUCAAGAAUUUGGCGGCAGGUCAUGUGGAAUCUCAGCUCUCUAAAGAGACCCGCGUCUAAAUGUACAAGUGGUUCCUGUAGUUUUGUAGAGCAUAUUACUUUCAGGAGCCGCCUGAAUUAGCCAGAAAAACAAACUGUUGUGGGUUUGUUAUUUCGGACAAGGAUGGCAGGAACUGAAUGCAAUUUCAAAUAGAGCGCCUAGUUUGAUUUUAGCGUUUUCGUCUUCCAAGUAGGGUUAGAAUGUAUUUUGUUUAGGAUUUCGAUAACAUGCGAACGUUUGCUGGCACAACAUGGCAAAUCGAACGUUUUUCAUAAUGAUU